AUGCCGUCCAUCCUCACCGAUGCUGACAAGGAGACGGUGAAACGGACUGUGCCCAAGGCUUCCAACAAGAUCCAAGCCGUCGCCGUCGCUCGUCUCUAUGUCGCUCACCCUGACAGCACCCGAUGGACCUAUACAGGCCUGCAAGGCGCCGCUGUCCUCUCGAACGACCUGGUCGGAAACACCUUCUGGAUCAAGCUCGUUGAUAUAUCUCCCGCAAACCGAGGCGUGAUAUGGGAUCAAGAAAUAUACGACACCUUUCAAUACAAUCAAGACCGCACAUUCUUCCACUCCUUUGAACUCGAACAAUGUCUCGCCGGCUUAUCCUUCGUCGACGAGAAAGAGGCCCGACAGUUCAAGAAAAAGAUGGACGAGCGCGAGAAAAAUGCCAGCAAACAUACAAAAGCCCAGCCAUUCGCAUCUGCCGCUGGAGGGGGCCAAAUACAUGUGCCUGGAAGUUCGCACAAACACCACAGCCGAGUUAGCAACUUGUUCCGUGGACACCGGCACAGCUCAGCCUCGCUACAACCGCAACCAAUUGCGCCCCAGCCGAUUUACAGCACCGGGCUUCCUCCUGCAGGCUAUCCACGAAACAAUGCAGACACAAUCGAUCUUUCUGAUCCUAGCUUGAGGCCGAUCUUGGAUGAACUGAUACAAAUGGGCAUCACGGAAGAUCAAAUCAGCCAAAACGUCGACUUUAUCAAGCGUUAUAUACAAGAGAAGCAGGCAGAAGGAGCGGCCAAUGGAUUCGGCUCGGGGAUACCGACAGUCACCGCUACUGAAUCAAGGUCAAGGGCUCCGCCACCUCCGCCUCCCUCUGUACCUCCAUCGAGGAUCAGCCCUGAAAAUACUGGCACUUCUUCCUCGAGCCGGAGAGGCCCUCCUCCAGCCCCUCCGCCAUCCAGAAGACCUGUCGGUGGGCGAGCACCAUCACCUCCUCGAUCAAGCUCUCCACCAGCAAGGGAUCCGUCUCCUCCCACAGCGAGUCCACAGCCCAGGUUCCGCGCUCCUCCACCUAUCGCAGAUGCCGGCAAGUUUGCCGUCAAAGAAGGUCCAGCACUGCACUCAUCCGGCCGAGCUCGAGCUUCUUCGGGUUCUCUUGCAAACCCGGGUCCUCCACCUCCGCCUCGUCCUCCCAAAACCCCGAUCGAGGAAGAACAACCCCAGGGUGGUUUGUUUAGAGUCCCUCCACCGUUCACUGGGGAACGCAAGUCUUCCGCGCCUCCUCCACCACCGAGUCGUGGACCUGUUCCUCCUCCGCCACCCAGUCGUGAGACACCAGCUCCUUAUGCUGGGCCACCACCCCCAUUACCGCCCAAGGCACAGACGGCGUCGCAUUCUGCAUUGUUCAUUCCUCAACCUCCACCGCCUCCACCAGCACGCAAUAAUGCGCCUCCUUUGCCGCCCCCGAAUACUCGAGCAGUCCCUCCACCACCCUCAGGGGCCGUUCCGCCACCUCCUCCCCCACCACCGCCGCCGCCGCCCAUGCCCUCAUCUGCUGGUCCUCCUCCGCCGCCUCCCAUGCCUUCCUUUGGUGGCCCACCCCCACCGCCUCCCAUGCCCAGCUCUUCUGGACCAGCUCCUCCCCCUCUUCCCCCGGUGGGAGGAGGCGAUGGCCGUGACUCGCUUCUGGCGGCCAUUCGCGGGUCAGGUGGGAAAGCUGGCGGCGGGCUACGCAAGGUCAAGGACAGUGAGAAACGCGACCGUAGUGCGGCCUUGGUGCCGGGAUCAGAGAGUAGUGCCUCUCCACCGCCUCCAGGGGCGCCAGGCUCGCCCUCGACACCAGCCGGGGAUCAAGGGGGUCUGGCCGGGGCAUUGGCAGCGGCGUUGAGUCAGAGAAAGAAGAAAGUUAGUGGCAGCGACGAUGAGAAGGACGACGAUGACGACUGGUGA